AUGCUUGCGAGCUUAAAUGACCCGUAUUCCCGGUUCGUGUCACCCAAGCAAUUCGCGGCAUUAGCUAAGUACGACGUUACUGGCAUCGGGUUGAAUAUAGGCGAGGAUGUGGAGGACGGGCGGGUGAAGCUGAAAGUGGUGGGGAUCGUUCUCGGCUCGCCAGCACAGCUAGCAGGCGUGCGGCAAGGGGACGAGCUCGUUUCAGUGGACGGCACGAGCGUGCAGGGCAUGUCCGCAUUCGACGUAUCUUCUCUCAUCCAGGGGCCCAAGGGCACCCCUGUAACUGUUGCCAUUCGCCACGACUCGUGCUCCCCUAUAGAGUUCCUCACUAUGGCGCGCACUAGCGAAGUGCAAUCGCCUGUGCUGUACCGCCUCGACCGAAACGACCCCAUCUCUCCUCUGGGCUUGUUCCAGGACUUCUCCUCUGCUGCUUCCUCCUCCUCCUCCCCUUCUCCCUCCGCUUCCUCCUCCUCUUCUUCCUCUUCCAUGUUCUCUUCAGUGUUUUCCUCCUCCUCUGCCCCAACAGGCCCUGUUGGUUACAUCCGGCUCAAGGAAUUCAACGCAGCAGCGAAGCGUGACGUGGUAACCGCAAUCCAACGGCUAGAAGCAGCCGGGGCAACAUCCUUUGUCCUCGACCUGCAGGACAACCCGGGCGGGCUCGUGCAAUCCGGGGUAGAAAUCGCAAAACUCUUCCUCGAGCGAGGACAAACCGUGGUCUACACCGAGGCGCGCCCGGGUGAUUUACCCCAGAAAAGAAGCAUUGAAGCCACAGGAAAACCGCUCACUCGAGCCCCUCUAAUGGUCCUCGUGAACGGCCGAACGGCCAGUGCUAGCGAAAUUGUAGCCGGCGCGCUGCACGAUAACUGCCGGGCGGUUUUAGUUGGGUCAAGAACCUUUGGAAAGGGGUUGAUUCAGAGUGUGUAUGAGCUGAAUGACGGGUCGGGGAUGGUGGUGACGGUGGGGAAGUAUGUGACUCCUGGGUUGGUGGAUAUCGAUGGGAAUGGCAUUUCGGCUGAUUUCAGGAGGAAGCCGAGCGGGGAUAUGGCCCGAUGGAAGCUUGCCAACUGCAAGCCGCGCGCAGCAGCAGGAACGGCUGUAGCGGCCGCGGUUCUUGCAGCUGUGGCCGCGAUUGCCGCGGCAGUAGCUGCGGGGGUAUUUUCUGACGGAGUAGGAAAUUUGGAGGUGGAAAAGUGGAAAUCUGCUUUCCAUCUGACUCAGAGGGACCCGAAAUCCGAGUCGGUUCAAACGGACCCGGAAUUUCGAUACGUGGAGGGAGCGGGGCCUGGGAUUGGUGCGCGUGAGAUUGUUGUCGACGUGGACCGGCUUCAGGAACAGAUCGACCACCUCGCCACCUUCUCCAAUGACGAGCCGCCAGCUGUCACUCGUGUACUGUUCACGGAGAACGACGUGAGGGCAAGAGAUUACGUGAAGACGCUUAUGAGGGAAGCGGGGCUGAGUAUAAGAGAGGAUGCUAUCGGCAACAUCUUUGGCAGAUGGGAGGGGUCCAAUGAAUCGUUGCCAGCUGUUGUCACAGGGUCGCACACGGAUGCGAUCCCAUUGGCCGGGAAGUACGACGGCGUUGUGGGGGUGCUGGGUGGGAUCGCUGCAGUGCAGGCGCUGAAACGGGCCAGGUUCUCCCCCCAUCGCCCCAUCGAAGUGCUCAUGUUCACUUCUGAAGAGCCCACCCGCUUUGGAAUAGGCUGCCUGGGCAGUCGCAUGUUGGCCAACCAAACUGGCUAUCUCGAUCGCCUGCUGGCGCUCCAGGACAAAGACGGCCAGCCGUUCGCCGAGGCUGCCGCCGAAUUUGGUUACGGAGAGGCUCGGAACGCAGGUUCGGUGGCAGCCGUGGCUUUGAUUCGGGAGCAAGUGGGCACUUUUGUGGAGCUUCAUAUUGAACAGGGGCCACUACUGGAAGAACAAGGGCUUGACAUUGGCAUAGUGACAGCGAUAGCGGCACCAGCAACGCUGAUGGUCGAUUUCAGUGGAGGAGGGGGCCAUGCUGGCGCACUGCUCAUGAAGCACAGGAAUGAUGCGGGACUGGCAGCUGCUGAGCUCUCAUUGGCUGUUGAGGCUGCUGUGCUGGCGACCAAGGCAGACGACACAGUGGGGACCACAGGGCGCCUCAUUCUUCAGCCCAACGCAGUGAACAGUGUGCCUCGCCAUGCACACUUGGAAAUUGACAUUCGAGACAUUAACGAGGCGAGGCGAGAUGGCGUGGUUUCAAAAGUCAUGGCGGCUGCCAGGAGCAUUGCCGCCAGACGGAAAGUGAAGGUGGAGAGAAUGGAGCUGGUCAAUGCCGACCCGCCCGCCCAGUGCAGCAGCAUAGUGACGUCAGCAGUUUUGUCUUCAGUGCAGGAGCUGGGACUGAGCCACCUGCGAAUGGUCAGCCGGGCGUAUCACGACGCACUGUUCAUGGCGAGAGUAGCUCCAACGGGCAUGAUCUUCAUUCCGUGCCGAGGAGGUGUGAGCCACAGGCCAGAUGCAUUCACUUGCCAGAAGGCCAGCCUGGCCAACGGUGUAAGCCACCGGCCAGAUGCGUUCACAUCAAAGGCCAACCCAGCCAACGGAGUGAGCCACCGCUCGGAAGAGUUUACAUCAAAGGCCAACCUGGCCAACGGUGUGAGCCACCGCCCGGAUGAGUUCACGUCAAAGGCCAACCUGGCCAACGGUGUGGGUUUGCCCGCCCUCACCUCACCGUCAUCAUUCCCUUGCUUCCUUCAUGAACCUUCCUACUCCGUUAUUUCACUCCCUGCUUCCAUUAGGGGUGUAAGCCGUCAGCCAGAUGAGCUCACAUCAAAGGCCAACCUGGCCAACGGUGUGGGUGUAAGCUGUCAACCAGAUGAGCUCACAUCAAAGGCCAACCUGGCCAACAGUGUGGGUGUGCUCGCCCUCACACUCGCCAACCCCUUGCUUCCUUGCUCCCAUCGCCUUGCUCCCUUCUAUCCCUUUCCUUGCCUCCCUCCCUGCCAGAGGUGCCCACCUGGCCAACGGUGUGGGCGUGCUCGCCCUCACACUCGCCAAGCUCUCACUCCAGUGACAUCUGCUGUGACAUCUGCUGUGACAUCUGCUGUGGCAUCUGCUGUGACAUCUGCUGUGGCAUCUGCUGUGACAUCUGCUGUGGCAUCUGCAGUGACAUCUGCUGUGACAUCUGCUGUGACAUCUGCUGUGGCAUCUGCUGUGACAUCUGCUGUGACAUCUGCUGUGACAUCUGCUGUGACAUCUGCUGUGACAUCUGCUGUGACAUCUGCUGUGACAUCUGCUGUGGCAUCUGCUGUGACAUCUGCUGUGACAUCUGCUGUGACAUCUGCUGUGACAUCUGCUGUGGCAUCUGCUGUGACAUCUGCUGUGACAUCUGCUGUGACAUCUGCUGUGGCAUCUGCUGUGACAUCUGCUGUGGCAUCUGCUGUGACAUCUGCUGUGGCAUCUGCAGUGACAUCUGCUGUGACAUCUGCUGUGACAUCUGCUGUGACAUCUGCUGUGACAUCUGCUGUGACAUCUGCUGUGACAUCUGCUGUGACAUCUGCUGUGACAUCUGCUGUGGCAUCUGCUGUGACAUCUGCUGUGACAUCUGCUGUGACAUCUGCUGUGACAUCUGCUGUGGCAUCUGCUGUGACAUCUGCUGUGGCAUCUGCAGUGACAUCUGCUGUGACAUCUGCUGUGACAUCUGCUAUGACAUCUGCUGUGGCAUCUGCUGUGACAUCUGCUGUGACAUCUGCUGUGGCAUCUGCAUUGUACGAUAUGGUGUAA